UUUGGGGGAGAGGUUGCAGCUCUCCCCGGCUGCCGUGCCACCGCCGCCGCCGCCACCUCCGAGCCCCCGGCCCGGAGAGGACCGAGGGGCGCGGGGACCGAGGGGCGCAGCGCCCAUGGAGCACACGCACGCCCACCUCGCAGCCAACAGCUCGCUGUCCGGGUCCCCCGGCUCCUCCUGCGGCUUGGGCUUCGUGCCGGUCAUCUACUACAGCCUCUUGCUGUGCCUCGGUUUACCAGCAAAUAUCCUGACAGUGAUCAUCCUCUCCCAACUGGUGGCCAGAAGGCAGAAAUCUUCCUACAACUAUCUCCUGGCCCUGGCCGCUGCUGAUAUCCUGGUCCUGUUCUUCAUCGUCUUUGUGGAUUUCCUGUUGGAAGAUUUCAUCCUGAACUUCCCGAUACCUCAGAUCCCAGAUAAGAUCAUAGAAGUGCUCGAGUUCUCCUCCAUUCACACUUCCAUUUGGAUUACAGUCCCGUUAACGAUCGACAGAUACAUCGCCGUCUGCCACCCACUCAAGUACCACACGGUGUCCUACCCAGCCCGUACCCGGAAGGUCAUCGUCACUGUCUAUGUCACCUGCUUCAUCACCAGCAUCCCCUACUACUGGUGGCCCAACAUCUGGAGGGAAGACUACAUCAGCACCUCUGCACAUCACGUCCUCAUCUGGAUCCACUGCUUCACCGUGUACCUGGUACCCUGCUCCAUCUUCUUCAUCCUGAACUCCAUCAUUGUGUACAAACUCCGGAGGAAGAGCAAUUUCCGCCUCCGCGGCUACUCCACGGGCAAAACCACAGCCAUCCUCUUCACCAUCACCUCCAUUUUUGCCACCCUCUGGGCCCCACGCGUGAUCAUGAUCCUCUACCACCUCUACGGGGCGCCCAUCCGGAGCCCCUGGCUGGUCCACAUCAUGACCGAUGUGGCGAACAUGUUGGCCCUCCUCAACACAGCAAUCAACUUCUUCCUCUACUGCUUCAUCAGCAAGAGGUUCCGCACCAUGGCGUCGGCCACGCUCAGAGCCUUCUUCAAGUGCCAGAAGCAACCUGUCCAGUUCUACACCAACCAUAACUUUUCUAUCACCAGUAGCCCCUGGAUCUCGCCGGCGAACUCACGCUGUAUCAAGAUGCUGGUGUACCAGUACGACAAAAAUGGGAAACCUAUAAAAGUCUCCCCGUGACCCCA